CGAUUCGAAGGGUAGUAUCCGAAAGAGCAUCAGGUGGUAGCCUCGAGGUGGUAGUGGUGGUGUUCAAGGACAUGGGACGCUGCCUACUGCCAAGAUAUGAGUCAUCUCCGUUCCCGGUUAUAUGUGCGCUGCUUCCAGUACUCCUUCAUCUCUAACCACCACCACCAUCGCCACCAUCAUGCCUGGUUCACCGUGGAAAUGGCAGCCAAAAGAUGGUGCGCCUCGCUUGUCACGUAAGAAGAUUGCAGAACAGACGCUGAACGCCAUCAAGCACGGUCAUUUCGACCUUAACGGUGUCAGACACGACCUCGCUACUGCCGAAGAACGGUCGAGUCGCUCGACCAAGUACUACGCUCCCAACUCCCUUCUCUCUACAUGGUCACAGGCUCAAGGACCCUCGUCAGCUGCAGGAACCCAUAUCACCAUCUCUGAAAUAUCUACCCUCGAAGGAUUGCGAAAUCUAGCUACCAGCAACAGCCAUGGGAAGAUCGCUGUUCUCAAUUUCGCUUCUGCAAAGAACGCCGGUGGUGGCUUCCUUGGUGGUGCAUGCGCCCAGGAAGAGUCUUUGGCGCGCUCGUCGACGCUUUACCCCAGUCUCAUGACGGAGACUGCUCAGGAAUUCUACAGGCUGCAUAACCGGAAGAAUCAGGGCCAUGGGUUUUACACUCAUGCAAUGAUCUAUUCGCCUUCCGUGCUGUUCUUCCGGGACGAUGACGGGAAAUGGCUAGAUCCCGUCGAGGUGGAUGUGGUUACCAGUCCAGCGGUGAACGCUGGCGCUGUACGAGCAGACGCGAGCGACAAGAAUGAGAGACUGGAAGAGAACAUUACUAAUGAGAUGUGGGAGCGGAUGGGUCGCGUUCUUUUCUUGUGUGAGAAGAUGGGCGCGAAGACCCUAGUCCUAGGGAGCUUCGGAACGGGCGUCUUCAAGAACAAGGUCAGCAUAGUCGCGAGGCACUGGGCUGAUCUGUUGGCGGUACCCGGAGCUAGGUUUGCAAGUUCGUUCAGCAGAAUCGAGUUUGCGAUAUUGGGCAAGGAGACUAUUAACGAAUUUAGAGAGGCUUUCGGGACGAGGAGAAAAGAGAGGGGAGCUAUUGGAUGAUCAAGGUAGGUGUCAUCAUGGCACAGGCCUUCGUAUCUGACCUCUGGUCUUCUGUCAUCAUCACUUCUGCUCUCAGGUUGCGACCGUUUUGGCCCUCUAUGACCUCUUAUGUAUUUGGUUACCUUGGAUAUACCCUUGCAAAGUGAUACGGAUCAUCCUUUAUUAACCAGCUCCGCCAGACAAAUAUAUUAUCGUUAUCGGAGGGGCGCUCGCAGUGUCUCCGUAUGUUCUCAGUCCACCACGAACAUGCCUCGUCAAACUUGACUGCCGUCACCUUCUUGGGAUAUUUUUUGGACUAUUAUCAUCAGAACUGUAUGGGAGUUAUCAUUCCUCAGACAAUUGCCAUCCCGCGUAUGGAGUCGGUCUGGGCCUGGCGGGAAGAAAUC